CGGGUUACGCGCCGACGUCUGGCUGCCACGACUCGCCGUGGCGGCUGCGGCGGCGGCGGCGGCGAGCGGAUCCCGCUGGGGAAGGAGAAGGAGAGGGAGCCGGAGGGGCCGUGAGCGAGCGGGAGGAAGCGGGGUGCUCGCCCGGCCGGCCCGCGGGAGCGAGAGCUAGAGCGGACGGGGCCCGAGCCCGCCGCGCGGCCGCCGCCUCCGCCUCCUCCCCUCCCCUCGCGGCCCGCCCCCGCCUGCAGCCCGCCCUCCUCGCGGCUCAGCCCGCAGAGCCCGGGAGAGGCGCCGCUCGGCUCGCGCGCCGGCCAGAACAGGUGUGCGCGCGCCUCCCCCUCCCUCCUUCCCUCCCUCCCGCUCGCGCCGGCCUCGCGCGCGCCAGCCUCCCUCCAGCCUGCGCCCUCCCUCACCUGCGGCAGGACAGCGCCCGCCAGCCCGCCCGCCCCGAUCUCGCGAGAGUGGCUGACUGGCUGUGGGGGUUGCGGCGGCAGCAGGCGGAGCCGGGGAGGGAAAGCAGCGGCGGCUGAGGCGACUGAGGCGGCGGGCGGAGCGGCAGGCGGCGGCGCGGCGGCGGAGCGCAGCAUCAUGGCGGACCGAGACAGCGGCAGCGAACAGGGUGGUGCGGCGCUGGGCUCGGGCGGCUCCCUAGGGCACCCGGGCUCGGGCUCAGGCUCCGGCGGGGGCGGUGGUGGCGGCGGGGGCGGCGGCGGCAGUGGCGGCGGCGGCGGGGCCCCGGGGGGGCUGCAGCACGAGACGCAGGAGCUGGCCUCCAAGCGGGUGGACAUCCAGAACAAGCGUUUCUACCUGGACGUGAAGCAGAACGCUAAGGGCCGUUUCCUCAAGAUCGCUGAGGUGGGCGCUGGCGGCAACAAGAGCCGCCUCACCCUCUCCAUGUCUGUGGCCGUGGAGUUCCGCGACUACCUGGGCGACUUCAUCGAGCACUACGCGCAGCUGGGCCCCAGCCAGCCGCCCGACCUGGCCCAGGCACAGGACGAGCCACGCCGGGCGCUCAAGAGCGAGUUCCUGGUGCGCGAAAACCGCAAGUACUACAUGGAUCUCAAGGAGAACCAGCGCGGCCGCUUCCUGCGCAUCCGCCAGACAGUCAACCGGGGGCCCGGCCUGGGCUCCACGCAGGGCCAGACCAUUGCGCUGCCCGCGCAGGGGCUCAUCGAGUUCCGUGACGCUCUGGCCAAGCUCAUCGACGACUAUGGAGUGGAGGAGGAGCCGGCCGAGCUGCCCGAGGGCACCUCCUUGACUGUGGACAACAAGCGCUUCUUCUUCGAUGUGGGCUCCAACAAGUACGGCGUGUUUAUGCGAGUCAGUGAGGUGAAGCCCACCUACCGCAACUCCAUCACCGUGCCCUACAAGGUGUGGGCCAAGUUCGGACACACCUUCUGCAAGUACUCGGAGGAGAUGAAGAAGAUUCAAGAGAAGCAGAGGGAGAAGCGGGCCGCCUGUGAGCAGCUCCACCAGCAGCAGCAGCAGCAGCAGGAGGAGACCACCGCUGCCACCCUGCUACUGCAGGGUGAGGAAGAAGGGGAAGAAGAUUGAUCAAACUGAAUGAAACACACACACAAACACACACACACACACGCAUACACGUACGUGUACACACACACACACAGCCACACACAGAGAGAAAAUAUACUGUAAAGAGAAAAAUAAAAAGUUAAAAAGUUUAAAAAAAAAACUUUAAAACUCCAAGGGAGCACCACCCACAGAACCUCCACCAACUGACAGUUUCUCUUCUUGACUUGCCACCCAUCGCUGGAUGUUGUCCACUUUAUCCACCAUAUAAAACAGUAAGCAGCUGCUAAAAACAAAAAACAAAAAAUAUACAAAAAGUAAUAACAUUAUAUGAACUGUGUUUCCUACUUGAUUAAAAAAUAUAAAGAACUGAGUGUUUAUUUCCCUAAUUAACCAAGAACUUUUGUACACGUUUAAGCUAUUAUUAUUAAAAGUGUUUGCAAAAUGGUCAAGAUUAUAAUAUUGCUGAAUUAUAUAAAAAGUCCUUUUCAUGUUGAGCUAACAUUUGACUUUAGCACAAAAAAAAGAGAUAUUUUAGAACACGUAAAAUAAUAUUUUUAGUUUUUCUCAUUUUGUUACCAAAUUUCAAACCUUACAUGGAGGUUAUUAUAGUAUAUUUGACAUCCUAUAUACCUGUGAUUAGAGAUGUGUAUAUAUAUGAGGGCUAGGCAUGCUGUGUGUCUGAGCUUUGUCUAAAUGUUAUGCAGAAGUUUGUAGAGUUCAAGGUACGUAGGUUUAAUUCAUGCAAGGUAAACAAUAAGUGCUCUCUUUUAUACAAUAUGCAUUGCAUCUGGACCUUAAACAUAUAAAAUGGUCAGUGAAACUUCUGUGAACAUGAAGAAAUUAUUAAAAAAGGCAUUUAAAUGAAAUUUGCUAAGUUGUGAUUUUUAUGGUUGGAACCAAAGUUAUCCAAAUAGUAAAAGAAAAAGGAGAAGGAAAAAGGAAAUUUCCCAUUAUAUUUUUCUGCAUCUGUUUGCUUUGACCGAGUAGGUGUUUUGUUAUUAUUGUGUAUAUGAGAUGUACUUGUAUUGUUCAUAAUAUAUAUUUUUUAUUAUGUGUAGAAAGAUUUUAAAAACCUAACUAACGUGCAGCAAUUUCCAGUGAACCUGUACUUGGGUAUCAGGUAGUGAGUCUAUUUGUGGUCACUAGCACUGUCUCCUAAACUUGUAAGAGGUCUGAAGCUAUCCAUUGAUUUUUGCCAGUGCUAUUAACUUAUGUAGACCUGUUUAAAAGCAAAGCAACACCAUUAUAGUUAUCCUACUGAGCCAUGGAUACUGAGUUUCAUUUUAAAAGUGAAAGCCAAGUUGGUGUAUGUAAAGGAUUUCCAUGUAGCUGUGGUGCUAGUUAUUACUGGCUACAUUAUAUGCUAAGUGUAUUUGUGUUCCCCAAGUGUACAAGCCUUCUGUCAAAAGUAUGUUCUAUUAUCACUCAUAUUCAAAGUGUAGGGUAUGAACACGCAAGCCUAGGAGAGCACUUUACCAAGCUGGUGUCCUCCACUGAAAUUGUUUGUAACGAUAGUCUCUUACAGGUUUUCAUUUUAAGAUGUUUGUGUGCUUUUAAUUGACAACUAACUUCUUGCUGCUGUAUAGUAAAAUAUUAAUAUAUUUUUUAUCAUUAAACUGCUGCAUGACUAUCAUCUUUGAGUGAAGAGAAAAUGUUAUAAAAAAAGAUGCCUUAAAUACAGUACAUUUUGGUUUGGAAUUCUGUAGAAAGUAUUUUGGUAAAAAAAGAAAAAAGAAAAAAAGAGGAUCUUGGAUCUUGUUUGACAGAGAGAGUUCUGGACAUGCAAUUGUUUCUUGGCAAAUCCAGCCAUCUAGAUCUACCUGCUGUAUGUAGAAGAAACCACCUGUAGGACUGGGAAGGUGUCAGUACCUCUCCCGUUGGGAAGCAUCGGCCUAGGAAGGCAGAACAGUUGUCUUUUUUGAAGGAAUUUUUUUUUUUUCCCUGCUGGCUCUUUAGGUUUUGAUUUGGUAUUUUUAAGCUUUCUGGUUGAGUGUGUUGUCUUUGUUUUUGAGAUCUACUGUAUGUGUUGAAUAACAAGCUAUUUUCAUUGUACUGUGCAUUUUCCCAUUGUUUGCUUUUCAUAUUCAUACAAUGUUAAAUAUGAGGUGACCGUACAAUAGUUAGGAGUUUCUUUACUUACAAAAUCACUGGAAAUUAUUAAAUUGCUUUUCCCCUCCCCCAAGGUGCAUUUUUUAUUAUUUUCAUAUAGUAAAGUUGAGCUUUUACAGUGCAUAAUGUGACAUUUGGAAUGCUUAUCAACUGCAUGUAAACAUUAAUAACCUGCACUUUUUGUCUUAAGGUUUGUUGAGCUGUUUUGUUCACUGUACUUUAACUGUGAUAUGGAAAAAAGAUUGCAUUCUCCGUGCUGUUUCUAAUUAGGGAAGAGAAUUGCUUUGAUUUUGUCUCUUGUUUACUAUAGCUCUUUAAAGUUAAGCCUUGUGCUACAAGUUGUUGGAGUACUCCUAGAUCAGUGUUUCAUAGUAGCCAGCAGUCAGUAGUGCAAGUCAACAAAAACACAGCAAACUUAGGCAAAGUGCCCUUUCUUUGAGAUGCAAGUUCUUUCGUGAGGUUUUCUUUAGGGUCAGCUACCUAAAGUGAACCUUUCUUACCUACAGACUUCAGAUUCUGCUCGGAAUCCUACCAGAUCAAGAAGCACAUGUAUUGUGCAGUUGUCUUUACACUAUGACAGUUAAACACAAUCUUACUAGGACUUUGAAUCCAUUGCCUGAUUGAUGGUCGUUGGGUUUAAAAAGAAAUCCACAUGCAGAUCUUUUAAGACUUAAAAAGUAGUCGUAGAGAAGACUGAGUGACUGUAAAGAUGCUCUUUUUGUUUAAAGCAUCUCACUUUCUCUCCCCUUCCCUUUCUCCUGUUUCACCCUUCCCCUACAUUUCCCCUCCCAGGUGCUCGGUACUUUACCAAGGUUCUAUAUUUCAGUGUAUUCUGUUGGAGUCUCUUCUUGUUUUUAUUUUACUAGUGGGUAGCCCCAGUUUGUGCUGAAAAGGGGGGAGGGUAUAUUUGACCAUAUGUGUUACUCAUAGAAGACAGUAUGAUCAAAUGUGCCAAAAACAAGCAAACAGAACUUAAUUCAUGACAAGUAUGCCUUAUUUUUAUUGAUCUGCUUUGUCUUACAAUUAAGGUCCAAGAGCUUGGUUAAACUAUGUUAUUUGCCUAAGUAAAAAAAAAAAAAAGAAAACUUGAAAUGCAUUGAAAUAUUGAUGUUCUUUAAAAUGAGAGACACUGUCAAGUAAUUUUAUCUAGAGAUCAGCUACCAGAUUUGAAGAGAGAGAGAGAGAGAGAGAGAGAAAGAGAGUGUGUUGGUUGUGGUAAUGGUGAUGGUAUUUGUGGCUUUUUCUCCCCUUUUAAAUCACCAAAUCUUAUUUUAAAGCUACCUUUUAUUUGUGCCUAUUUAUCAUGCUGAUGUUAGAAGCAGCAGUCAUCCAGCCACAGAGGGAGCUAGAGUUAACUAACCAAAACCGUAGAAAUCAUAUAUGCCUUUGACAACAAAGGAAGUUCAUAGGAAAGCCAUGUUGGCUUUUCCUCCACUAGACACACAUUGGAGGUAUAUGAAUAUUUGCCAAAUGAGAAAAAAAGACAAAGUAGUCAGGAAAGACAAACUUUUCCAGCUUCUCAAAAGCCAUGGAAAGUAGAAACCAAAACCAAUGGGAAAUUUAAGAGACCUUGAAAGUCUCACUUUCUAGUCCCAUGCAGGGGUUAAAAUUUGACUCAAAAUGGAAAGUCUAUCAAUUUUUGUUUUUACGCCUUUACAUCUAGAGAUGGAUAACUAUUCCAGUUUGAUUUUUUUUUUUUCAGGUAAUGGAGAAAGCUGCUAGUGAUUUUAACCCCUGCUGAAAGGAGACAGAUAAUUUUAUUUGGGAGCAAAUACUUAUUGCCUUGAGAAUAGCACUGUAAUAGUUUAUGUUAAUUAGUCAUAGAAUAACCUUUAUCCCUUUUGAGCUAUGCAAAUUAUUAAAUAGGUGUAAAUUAGAAUUCAAUUAAAGAGAGUUGAUUAUAUUGCAAUCAGAUGGCAUUCACAAACUUAACUGGAGCAUAUACAAAUAAAAUCUAUUAGUUUAAGAGUUUUUUUUUAACGCUGACAUAAACGAUAUAAUUUAGCUACCUGUUCUAAAAUGCUGAGUACUAUUAACAUUGUAUGAUAGGUCUGGAAAGACUGUCUCCUUUUUUUGAAGAGAGAGAUUAAGAAUUUUUAUAAUUGUUUUUCAUCAAAUUUUAAUAUUUUUGUCAAGUUUUUAGGUAUUUAAUUUGUAAAAAACAGUUUGCUUUGUACUGGCAUACAGAUAUUAGGGAAUUGAUUUUAAACUUUUUGAAGCCAAGUGAUCAAGUACAUUUGUAAUAAAAGUCAAUGGAUCUCUAUCAGUUGUACUCACUGUUUCAUUUCUUGUUCUUAUCAAUGUAGGCAUUCGUACCUUUUUCUGCAGGAAAAUGGAGCUAGAUUUGGGUGGAAGGGAGGGGAAAAAGAAAUCUGUUAGAAGAAUCUGGGUGGGUUUGGUGGCCCAAGCACUUCAUAAUAUCCUUACACGGGUUAAGAUUUAGAUCUCUGGAAAAGAUAUAAUGUCAUCUUUUUUCUUCCUGAUUUUUUUAAUGGAACUUGAUGUUUGGAGAAGUUAUCAUAGUUUUGUUUCUUCACGUUAACAUUUUGUGUCUGGCGAUGUUGAAACUUUUUAAACUGUGUUAACACAGUUUUCUCUCAUAAAAUUUUGGGUUAAUCUGCCAGCCGUGGUGACCCCAUCAUGGGUGUGGAAUUAUUUUUAUCUUUAGAUAGCCUACCUUCUCUUUUCCAGUAUUUCCAUUAGCUUUUCUUUCAUGUUAUACGCUGAUACGUACAUACACAGAUGAUUUAGAAUGGGGAUUCCUGAAAUUACUUGGGUAGCUUUCAUAGCUCCACAGUUGUUUGGUUUUUUUUUUUUGUUUUUUUUUUUUUUAACACAAAAGUGUAGUUUUAGUAUUUCCUUCCUCAUAAAAAGUGAAAUAGAAAAUCAGUUUCCCCCUUUUUUGUUGUUUCUUGGAUAUCAUGUUGAAGUUUUGUUUACUGUGUGAAGGAAAGCUAAGACAAGGACGCCUUCUGCACUCUAGAUCCGAAACAGUGGGAGUAUAACACUUAUGUUGUUAUCUCUAAAUUCCAGUAUCAGUAACUUAGAGAGAGUUCAUGUUUCGUCAUGGAAUACAAUAAGAGAUCUUUUUAAUUGCUUAAGCAAAUUUACUAGUUUGGAGUUUGCUUUAAACUUUAUCAAAAUUAAAACAUUGUUUUCUUCAUUGUAAGCCAAAAGUAGGCCAUUCAUAGUAACUAUAAAACUAAAGUGAUCACUGCUUAAAAUGACUGUUUAUCAGUACAUUUCUUGAGAAAAGCUGACUUAAAGAUUUAUGAAACCAAACCUAAAUUUAAGGCCUUGGCCAUUUGACAGGCUCUUUUUGAGCAGAAAUUUCAUUGUUACGGGAUACGUAAUGAUCUUUAAACUAGCAUCAGCACAGUCUAAAUUAGCAUUAGUAGAACUUCAAGAUUAAAGAGCAAGCAGAUGAAAUAUGAGAAAUGUAGCUGGUUCUAAGCAGUUUGCCAUCCUCCAUCUACAAACUACCAGAUUUUGAGGGUCUAGGCAACUUACAUGGUCAGAAAAGUUGAAUGUGGAAAAUAGCCUCUUGAUGUUUUUGGGUUUUUUUUGUAAGAAUUUUAUAGCUAUUCCAUUUUUGCCUUCAUGUUAUGUUUUAUGUCUCCUUUUCAUUACAUUUGAUAUCUUCUCCCUCCCCUUUUUUGCUCCCUUCUGUUGUCUAGCUUUUGUGAAAAAUUGUCCUGUGGAUAGUUGUAGAAUUGUGGUGGCGAUCUUUUGUGUAAAAUAUUUUAUUGUUCUUGGAAUCAUAAUAUUUUUGUGCUUCCAUGAAUACAUACUUUGUUUUUAUUAUUAAUUUGCAUAGUAAUUACAUUUUUUUAGCAUUUCGUGGGGGAAAGUAAACUAAUGAGUUUUAAUUUUCUUGGUUUAGGAUCCACUUUAGCAAUUUAGAAGGCCUGUAAGGUUAAAGAUCACACUCUUGUGUGUUGGAAUUUGGAAAUAUUCUUGCUGGUAUGUGUUUGGGUCUCAGAUGUAUUACUGCGAAAGGCUUCUAGGAGGAUUUAAGUGACAGUUAAAAGUUAGAGGACAGGUGACACUCACUUGAGUAGCUCAGACAGUAACAACAGUCAGGCAGUAAUUUUCGCUCACUGAUGUUAAGUCAUACUCUGCUGAAAUGGGUUGACAGUUGGCAGUGCAGUUAGCUGUUGGUAGCUCUUGACCUCCUUGCAAAGUACAUCUGGCAACUUGACUCCUCCAUUCUCCUUUCUUUAUGAUCCUGCUCAUGGCAUCGAACUCCCCUCCUUCAGAAAGAAGUGAAAUAAUGACUCUUUUCUUUGAACAUAGCUAAGUGACGAGCCAGAAAGAUUUCUCUAUUUUGAAGUAAUUUGGCCUUUUUCUCCCCCCCCCCCCCCCGACGGCUGUUUUUCCCAUAGUCUUAAUUUGAAGAGCAUCUAAAUGAGUGCUUGUUAGCAAAUCUGGGAAAUGGAGAGUGUAAGAAGUGUGUUUAAGUUACGGGGAGAACUGACACUUACUGGUUUGGAAAUUGGAGAGCAGAAAGGAUAAAGCUGUUUGUUUGUGAAUGGGGGUGUGAGAGACACAGAAGAGUGAUGGGAAGUAACGUAAGAGGAAUUUUUAUUGGCCACAGAAAAAAGUACUAAGAUGAACUCUGAAUGGGAAGUGUUGACUAAGAACAUUGAGGUUGAGCUUCACUAAGGAAGUGUGAGUGGGCCCCUUGUUGGCUAAGAGAAAACUGUUUGAUUGUAGCUAUUUAUGGUGAUGAUGAUGGAUGAUACAAAUCAGUUUUGGUGUGUGUGUAUGGUGGCUUGAAGGUUUAUGGUAUGUCUGCUCUGAACAAAUUUAAGUAGCACAGUUGUGAAAUGGCAGCUUUUCUGGUCAAGACAGAUUGGUGUUGGAAACGUACUAUUUUGGAAGAAAAAGAUAACAGUUCACCCUUUUUCAUUUACUAUUUUUUUAAAUUAUCAGUGAAAUUUGUCAUCUACUAUUUUGGGGCUCAAGUGUAGCAUAUGUUUUCAUUUUAAAAUGAUCCUUAUAAUCCACAAAGAUCCACACCCAAAGAUCCUUUCUUUAUAGACACUUUAGCUUUUGGUCAGUAUGCACUUUUUAGAAAACAGUAAACCAGAUAUGGUCACUAAAUUGCUAUUUUAAAGUAUCUUUUCUACUUCCUUUACAUUUGUAGUCCUAGCAGCCAUCUAACAUUGUGGAUCUUAAGAAACCCUCAGUAAUAAGUUUACAGAAUUAGACAACAUAUCCCCUGAACUCAUGUUUCUAUUUGUUUUCCUACUUCAACAUUGUAGAAUUCCCUGUAGCUGAUGUAGACAGAUGUUAAUUAUAAUUUAAUCUGUCUCCCAGGUUCUUGUGUUCUUUGUAAGGUGAAGUGACAGUGAUUAGUUAUCUGCUCUAUAAUCCCAGCAAUGUUUUAAAUUAUUUAAGGUAAAUAUUUGUUUUAAAAGUUGUAUAAUUUGAGUUCAGGUUGACUGUAAAUUUGCUAUACGUUUAUUCUUAGAAAUUUUGACACAUUACUUUCAAGUUUCAUUUUAAUCAGAUACCUAUAUAUUAUUGUUAAGAAUUUGUUUUAAAAUAGCCAAAAAGGAAGUCUUGAUCUGUCCUUGGAAGGUGUUUAUUCUUUUCUCAAGUGUCAAGUUCAUUAACAAUAGUGAAGUAAUUUUCUACAUAACUUACUUUGCAGAGCUGGCACUUAGUAUAAUUUUCUCAUUUUAUUGUGUGUCAGAUUUUAAAUUAUAGGUAACAUACUCUAGUUUAAGUCUGUGCAGAGCCUUCUUAAGUAGCUCCUCCCUUAGGAAUUGUUUAAAAGAAGUGAAGAACCAGUGCUUUAAAUGACUGAGUAUGAAAGGUUUCUUUGCGUCUAGGCAAUGGAGAUAAACGAUAGCCCAUUUCUAUGCUGCAUACAGUUGUUAGGGUUUGAUAAUAAUAUAGGAAAGUGCAAAAGCAGAAAAGACUGUGUAAAAGUGGCCUAUAAAAUUAUAAUUUUCAUUAUUGCACUAUUUAUCUUUGCACUUAAGUUUUUGGAAAUUAAAGACUAGUCACUUUCACUUUUGUUUCUAGUCUCUUCUAAUUUUUUGCAAAGUUGUUUUCAAUAUCCCACCCAAAGUUAAACUCAUAUGCAAUUACAUACGCUUUAUAAGGCCAGGAAAAUAUUUAAUAAUGUUAGCUAUGAAACAGUAAAAUUUGUUUUGGUAAUUUUUUUCUUUAUUUGCCCAUAAAAUUAUUCAUAACUGUGAGCUUUAUUAAACUGUUUAAAUAAAGUAAAAGUUUAGGAUAGGAACUAUGUCAAUGGAUAUGAAAUUGUGUCUUUGAGAUCCAACUUCCAGCCUGGUAUGGCCUGACUUUGGAGUGUUGAUAUAUUUUCAUAGUCAAUGAUAUCCGAGUCUUACUUGGGGCACAUGCUAAAGAAACUGGAAGUACAGUAGGUGGUAGUUCCCUCUUUUAUGUAGCUUUCCAUAAAGUUCAUAUAGUUUCAUUGUGGUUUAUGUCACAUAACUGGUAUUACAUGAAAUGACUGUUCCUUUUGAGAAUUUAAGAUUGACAUCUUUUUGAGGAAUGGUGACAGCAAAGGAUACAGGACUUUCAUUUAACCAGAGUCAGUCUUAUAGCUUCCUUGAUGUGUUCUACACAGAGAACAGAGAACAAAGAAUGUACCUCUGAAUGUGUGAUGCUGUAUUCAGAAAAAAGAAAAGGAAAACGAGUUUUCUCAAUGGAACAGAGAGAUGUAUUUUUGGCUAGAAUUGUUUUUAUAAGUUACUUGAUAAUCUCAUUUUCUAUUCCUUCCCUGUAGCUUUUUACACAUUUCAUACUUAAAACCAGCAAGUAAGAGGCCUCUUUUCAGAUCUGGUUAUUUUGGAAGGUCUGGAUGUUUUCUGGAUGGGGGUGUUGAUCUUGACAUGUUCUUCCCAUCAUGUUCUGCUGGUCAUUGUGGCUCAUAAUGUUUGCAAAUUCUGUUGAAAAUUCAGUGAUGUAUUUGAAGUGAGAAUGUCUUCUACAACAUGGUGUGGAUGUUUGUGGCUAGAUUCCAUGAUGAGGCAUGGUUGUGGAGCCUGUAGCCGUGUUUUUAAUUUCAGUGGAAAGUUUAACCAUUCUCCAGAUCUUAGGUUUAUGUACAGGAAUUGUGCCAGGUAGUUGUCUAAGUGUGGACCAAUUUUGGAAAUGAAAAUUGACGAAUGUGGAUUUGACUCUAGAUAAUUCUGUACUCAAAACUACAAGUGAAAGGCUCACAUCAUUAGAGUUACCUACAUUUGAUGGCCUUAGCUCUUUAAAUGUGGAUGACAUUCAGCAUUAUAUCUGUGAAUUUCUUAGGAAAAGAAAAAAUUCAGUCUUUAUACCUUUUCUUGGAGGCUAAAUUUACCAUAUAUGGAAGUGAGAAAAUUGUAGCAAGUGACUUUUAUUUUUUUAAUGGCGUUUAACCAGCUUAAUUAAUUCAUUUUCCUACUUUUGAGUCACUUAUUUCCCAAAAAUAAAUAAAGGGAAAGAUCAGCAACCCCCACCCAAGGCAAUUUUUGUUGUGUGCCUCCACUUCCCAGUCCUAUUGUACAGUGAAUUACGGGUAUCCCUCUUAUGUCCCUGUAGUGCUUUUUUUUUUUUGGGGGGGGGGUGUCACAAAUACCUUUGAAUAUCUGAUUGAAGUGAUGGACCCUCUCCUUGGGGAAAAAUGCACAUAGUACAGAUAAUUUUGCUACAACCUCAGGGUCAUCACUUAUCUUUUGAAACCCAAGUUAGAAAAUUUUGCUCUGAGCAAACGGUAUAGAAAAUUGUUAUACAAAUAAUUGAUAAAAUUAGGAGCUAUUGGCUUAAAACAUUUCAGAUUGGAAUCAUUAUCAUCACAUGGUGGCCCCUACUAGUGAAAUGUGACAUUGCAAUUAGCUUUGUUAGACUUUAUAACAUCCAGAUAGAAGGGAAAGAGAAGUAAAGUUCUGCGAGCUAUUUAUAAGGAGUCAGGUCAUCUCCAGAUAUGGGAGCCAUUCCUGGUUCAAGGUAGGGGGCAAGGUGCCUGACAAGUUUAGCAGGGUAGAGUUUGAUAAACCACAAUGCUCAGGAUGCCAAGGGGUUAGCCAUUAUCUUAACCCCUUCCUCACCAAAAGAUUUUAGUUUUGUCUGUUGGGGGAAAAAAGAUGGCACUAGGGAAAAAUAAGUUGCCUUACAACUUUGCUGGAACACAUCAGUUUGGUGAAGUAUGGGACACUAGUAUUAUUUUUGAGAAGGUGCAUAAAACCAAAGUAAAUUAUUCUCUAUGUAGGACAUUAUUUACUAGUAACAUUUGUUUGGGUGUAUUAGCUUUGACAAUUUUUACCAGUAAAUAACUGCUUUUAUUUAAAACUGGGAGUCCAGUUUACAUAUAGGAUAGUUGAUAUAUCCAUCUCUCCCACAUGUAAAGACUAGUCUAAAAGAUUUAUGCAUACUUUUUACUUUUUUCUCUUGGUACCAUGGGGUGGGGGUGGGGAGGACUUUGACGCAACAACUGACAGAUGUCUUCAAAUUUAGAAAUCAAGAAGCAGCACUUUAAGUCUAAUUCCACACCAUUUUAGUGCAUGUAUUAGUUUAAUAAUGAUUUUUGGUGCAUGCCUUUGGGCUUAUUCAAAAGUGUACAAUAGAAAAAGUGUAUUUCCUUUCUUAGAAAGGAGAUGUUUUUCUACUUUGCAACAUGUGAUUACAAAAAUCUUCCUCUGUGGGAAGAUUAACCAUGUAUUGAACUACUGAAAAGUAUAUAUUUUUAGAUAUACAGAAGGAAUCUACACGGGGCAGCAUUCAGACCUAUAUAGAAGUCAUAGCAUUCUGUAUAGGACCAAAAGGAAGAAACAUUACACACUUAAACAGACUUUGUUGGGUAGAAAUACCUUCCGAUCUUGCAUUGACUUCCAAAAAGAAAAUGCCGCAGAAGUUUGCUGAAACUUUUGUUUGAAUUUUCUCUGUCAGUGUAUUUAGCCCAAAUGCAACAGCUUUGGGUUAGCACAAUGUAAGAAUCAAAACACAAAACUAAAUAGUUCAGUCCGGUUUGCCAAUCCAGCUUGACUGAAUAAGUAACCAAUCACUUGCAAACUGAAAAGCUGUCCAACUCCUCUAAGGUUUUGACAAAAUAACCUUGGCUGAUGUGGGAGCAUUCCCACUUUGGUUUCUGACCUGACAGCAAAGAUUCAUGCUUGACAUGAUUUCAGACCUGACAGUGUCUGUUUAAGGAGCCAUGGUACAGUUUGCUAAUUCAAUCCCAGAUACCUGUUGAUUACCUGUAAGAUCUAGAGUCAAAAGCAGCCAGCAGCCGUAUCCCUGAGUGCUCUGUGCCCAUCAGAUAACGUGAAGUAAGCAGAGUUGGGACAGGUCACAGCUCUGAGGAUUGACCUCAGAUCAGAGCCCCAGAUUCAAGAAUUGUAUCUGCUUUCUCGGGAGUCAUUGAACUAAUGUCCCACACUGCGUUACUUACAGUAGAUGCUCUCCAAGAGGAGGCCCAGAGCACACAUCCUAAUUGCUCGUGGUACUCAGAGAGGGGGUGCUAACUCUGAUGCCCUGGCCAAAUUCCAGUUUAGGGAUGUGGGUCUUCUUGUCAUUCUAAUUGGAAAUGUGCAUCACGUCCCAUUUUUCCUAUUGCUCUCAGUGCAAACUACACGAGUCUGUUCUUUUGUCCCAGUCCCAAGUCUCCAAGAUACUGGUAUUAAAUGAGCCAGGUUCAUGCCUUAUCUUAAUACACACGAGUUGAAGAAUGACGGAGCUUGGCAUCAGGAUGCCCUGUACUUGGAGGGUGGACUCUUGUGAUGCUUGGGCAUGAAACCUCCCCUCUUUCGGCAUAUGUUAGGGAAUGUGCGCUGGUUGGAAGCCUCCAACCAUAAAGGUAUGAGCUGAAACCAAUUCCCCCUCUUUUCUUAUAGCAUGAUGAGAAAGUCUGUUGGGUUUUCAGCAGUUGGGGAAGGCCGGAGUUCUGCAGCUUUAAUCUGGGAAACUAGCUGGUUUAGUCUGGGUAACUAAGGCUGGGUUGAGCAGGUCUUUGGUAAAUUAACUGGGUUCUCAGAUGCCUCAGACUCCGUGAGAAGUCAUCAUUAUUUUCAAUGGCCAUGAUAGAGUCCCCCUGUAGCCAUUACUUUAAGAUUACAUUCAGAGUUGCUUUAUUUUGAGCUUUUGUGUACACACAAUCCCAAACUGGAAAAACUUAAAAAGGAAUCCUGCUGUGAAAGGUAUAUAUUACUCUAGAUUUUUCUUACUGUAAAUAUUGUAAGAUUGUAAUACUGUCGAUAUUUUAUUAACCAACAAAUGUUAAUCUAUGUGAAAUCAGACUUAUUUUAAAUGUGCUUCUUAUUUACUGUGUGUGGUCCCUGUUGCUGACAGUAUUAAGUUAUAUUCUGAUGUAAGAUUAACUUUAUUAAAGAAUGUAAACAUUAAUGUUUCCUUAUGGGAAAACAAAUAAAGUAUAAAGAAGACAAUUCUUUUCAUUGAAAUAUACUGUGUAUUUACACUUGCUAGACCCAGCACCACUUAUAAACUUAGUACACUGUCCAGUUUCAGUUAACACAGCUGACACGGUUGUGCUCUGCUUGAAAGUCUAAGCCUUGGUGUUGUUGGAAUAUAAACAGUUUGUUUUUGUCCGCUGUGAAUCACCUUGAAAUUUCUAAUCAAGUUUGUAAAAUUUUUAUAGUAAAACAUUUUAAUGACAAUUUAAAAAAAUUAUCUUCUCUCAAGAAUGGUCAAAACAAUAUCCUUUCAGAAAUAGAGUUGCUCUUUACUAUCUUUCCAAAAUGACUUUGGUUAAAUGGACCAGGUGUAUAUUAGUUAAAAUCUAGGGCUAAGUUCUUGAUAUUCUUUGAGUUUACAAGUUAAUCCUUAUUGGAGUUGUGCCAAUAUACAAUAGAAUAUCAUUAAUUUGCACUGUUUGGGGACCCCAUUUAAGAAUGCUGAAUUUUGCCAACUAAAAAGUAAGCAAAUGCAAUUUAAAACGUAAAUUUGAGCAUUCUGUGUUAAAUAUGUGCAGUUAUCAUAUGAAGAAGCGCAGUGUGUUGGGCUGUAAUAUAACCAUAUUUGCUGUCAUGUUCUCCCAUCUCAGUGCUGGGAACUCACCAUGUGGAAACCAAGCAACCGUGUUGUGCAUCAGCCGGCUUGAGUUUGUUCAAUAUCAAAGCUGAAGCUAGCGAGGUCUGCUGUACUGCUUAUUGAAGUAUUGUGAUUCUUUUAGGCAUUGAUUCUUACAAAAUAUAUACUGUAACAGUAUACUUUGUACAGAUUUAAAUUUUAUUUGAAAAAAAUGAAAUAAAGUAGGCAAAAAAUAAAGAUGUUUAUUUUUCAUGUGACUACGUAAACA